CGGUGAUGAUGGCGGAAGAGGAGCGACGCUGAACUAUCUCUGCUUUUAUUUAACGGUGAUAAAUCGCUGACACGCAUCGUUUAACUCGCCCCUUUGCUCUUCGGUGAGCAUGGGGAAUGAAGCCAGCCAGGAGGGGGGCGGUCAACCCGGGCAGCCGGCUCCCACACCCACCAGGACGGGCGCUCCUGCUUCUGGUUCAGCACCACCGGGCUCUGGACAGCAAGUGAAGCCGAGUAACGGUGCGCCGACCGGGGUGAGAGCGGCAGGAGGCGGCCCGGGAGUUAAAAGCGUACCUGCGAAGAAACCCCAGCCCAGCGGAGGGGAUGGAGGAGCGGGGGCAGGAAGGCAGGCCUUGGACAAACAGCCCCCUGCGGCGAAACAGGGUGCACCCCCGACCCAAGCUGAUAAGGGUGGGAAGACUCCCUCAGCACCCGAUGGAGGCGGGAGUGCGCCAGCCUCGCCGUACACUGUGCCGCAGAUUGCUCCCAUGCCCAGCAGCAACCUGUGCCCUGUGUGCAAGACGGCGGACCUGAAGGCAGACAGCAGCAACACCUGUACCCAGUGUCGCCAGGUGGUGUGCGGCCAGUGCGGCUUCAAUCCCAACCCGCACCUCACUGAGGUCCAGGAGUGGCUAUGCCUGAACUGUCAGAUGCAGAGGGCCCUGGGAAUGGAUAUGACAACCCCCCAAUCCAAGCAGCUGGGGGGUCUGGCUAAGGCUCCAUCCCAACCUGACCUGUCCCGUUCAUCCACCAACCAGUCUGGCCAACAGGAUCAUACGCGGAGUGCCGGUAGCUCCCCCUCCAGGCAGUCUCAGGAGCAGCCAUUAGACAAGCUGUUUGGCUUUGGAGCAUCCAUCCUUAGCCAGGCCAGCACUCUGAUGUCUGUUGAUCCUCUGCUGCCCUCGCAACCUCCGCCAGCCCCCACCAAGACACGCCAGGGGCCUGUUUCUGGACCUGCUUCUGGGCCUGCCCCUGCCCCGGGCCUUCAUGCACCCCCUCAGCAGCAGCCAGCCCAGCGUCCAAAGGAGCUGGGGAAGCUCGAACCAAACUGUCCUCUGUGCAAAGCGGAGCUGAAUGUCAGCAAGUUUUCGGAGCCGCCCAACUACAGUACCUGCACACAGUGCCACACCCGAGUUUGUAACAUGUGUGGCUUCAACCCCACACCUCACUUGGUUGAG